AUGAUUCCUUCAAGCUCAGAAGAGAGCUUGAGAGCGAGCCCCAAAUGCAAAAAAAAACAGUUCCAGCUGCAUCCCCGAGGGGAUGCUAUCCGUUCCAAGUUGAUCUACACUUUCUACCUGAUCGACCACCUGAAGGGGCUAAGCCACGCUGUCCCACGGCACAAUAUACGUGAUUUCCUGGAUCAUAAGAAACUAAAGAAGCUGAUGCUCACAGACCAUAACCAGCUGGUCCGUUUCCGUGUGGUGCCCACCCGGAAUAUUUUGAUUACCAAAGAGAAACGUUGGCGCAAUCGUAUCCAGGUGCGCUGCAGUCGCUUCCCGCCCUUGUCCAUGUGGGCUUACUGGAUCUUGCGCAGCAAGGUGUUCAAAGGCUUCAUGAUUUUCCUCAUCUGCUUGAACAUGGUGGUUCUCAUGAUGAUCACAGAGAUAGCACGGAACACAAAGGAGCACUUCCAGAUCAUAAAGAUGGUCUUGGAGGUGGCUAUUUGGGUGAUUAUCCUCAUCUUUAUCCUUGAGAUUGGGCUGCACUGGAUCGUUGGCUUUCGGAAGUACUGGAGAAAUCCCUGGAACAUCUUUGACUUUAUUGUCACUAUGGCGUCCUUCAUCCCUGAAUUAAUUUUCUUCACCACAAAGGCCUCCAAGUCGACCACCAAACGGAUCGUCCUUGUUUUCCGAGUCCUGCGCUGCUUGAAGCUCUUCCCCAGAGUCCGGCAAGUCCGAGUCAUUAUUAUGGCCAUUACUAAAGCUCUGAGGGCCAUGGCUUUUAUCUUGCUUCUCCUUGUCUUCUUCUUUUAUGUCUUUGCAGUGGCAGGUAUUUUCUUCUUUGAGAGCUACACUCGGUCAGACCGAAAUGACCUGGAAUACAGCAUGUAUUUCAAGGACAUGCCCAAUGCUUUGGUGACCAUCUUCAUUCUCUUCACCAUGGAUCAUUGGUAUGCUCUGCUUCAAGACUCAUGGAAGGUCCCAGGGAUCAAUAAAUUCAUCACCGGCAUGUUUAUCAUCUUGUGGCUCCUUAUUGGAGCAUUCAUCUUCCGGAACCUCUUUGUAGCCAUCAUGGUGGCUAAUUUCCAGAACAUUCGGAAUGACUUGAUUGAGGAGAUGAAGCAGCUAGAGGCACAGAAGCAAGCAGACAGGUUUAAACUGGAGAUUAUAGAAAGCAGAUUCUCCCCAUCCCAGAUAUACGGAGAUGCCGCACAAAAGUCCCAGGAAAAAGUGGUCUCAGAAAUAGCAUCAGGAAUUCCAUCGACGGAGACCCCAGAUUAUUCACAGUUUGGCACAGGGCCCUUGGACUGGGAGAGUUACGUCUACAAGAACUUGCCUGGUCUUUAUCAGGCUGAUGAUGACGAGCAAGUGGUGUGGCCUCGUGACUCCCUCUUCCGCUACUUUGAGCUGAUGGAGAAACUUCAGUACAACCUUGAGGAGCGCCAGCAACUGCAACAUUAUGCUGCAUUGGCUCUCUCAAACCUGGAGGACAAGUAG